GUGUGUAAAAAGUGCUGCGAAGCACCUUAUUUUUCCUCCAUGUUUAAGAAAAAUAUGUUUAUUUAAUUUUAGAAAAUCACAAUAAAUUUGCAAACAAUCAUUUCUCUCUCGUUGUACAUUCAGGCAAUCCGAUAUCGUCGCCAUGGGUGGAGGAGAAUUCGUUAGGGCAGCGGCCAAGAUGGCCGGAGCCGGAGCCGUUAACGCCGGUCUCCGAGGAUCAUCGGCUGCGCCCCAGUUUGGGCAAUUGCUUCGCACCGCGUCGAGACCCUCCUCCGUUUUCGUCGGAUCGUCUUCUCCAGUUCCACCGGCCAAGGCCACCGUCAGCGCCGAGGUGGACGUUGUCCAGAAACCAACGUGGGAGUUCGAUGACUGGGAAUUUGCUAAUUUCGAAAACGAUAUGGGCAUGGAUUCUGUUGGACUUAAACCUAGGAUUGUAUUUGGGGCGGUUCCCAGUUUCGACGAAGCGAAGGAAGCUACAAUGGAGGUGAAGGAGGCUUUGGAUAAGGUAUACUUGUCUUCUUCACCAGAAUCUGAUGGAUCGAAUCUGAUUGUUCCUUUAAACAGGAAAAUAGAAUCAGUGUCUUGUUUAUCUAAUGAGACAAGCUUGCAGUCGCAGAAUUCGGUCCCUCAGCAUGCAAUUCAAGCAUUUAAACUGCUCAAGGAAAGUGCUGAAGCUCAGACUGUUGUUGCCUCAAUUGCCUCUGACCCAAAUGUGUGGAAUGCAAUGUUAGGCAAUGAAGCUCUUAAGAGCUUCUUGCAAUCAUAUCAGACCAAUAAGGUUGUUGAGUAUCAUGAAUUAACUGAGGGGGUUGAAGAAGCAUCAGUUGGCUACAGUAUCGGUGAGCAACCGCAAAAUGAGUCGAGAAAUGUCUUUCAGAAGAUGCUAGAAAAUAUUAAAACUUCAAUUGAUGACAUGCUGGCUAAGGCAUCCAGCUUCAUUCAGAAUAUAUUUGGACCCCCACCAGCUGAAGUUUCUGGAGGAAAUGACGAAGCAACCUCUGGAUUUUCCACUGCAGAGAAAGCAAUGGGAUCGUCCAUUAUGGGACUGGUUGUCAUUGUCGUUGCUGUACUACUUGUGAAGCGAAGUUAGAUGUCGAACUAUGGUGUUCUUUCAGAUAAAUUUGUCGACAUUUCAAUCUGAGUCUCAUCUUGUUCUGCUGGUCUGGAACUUAUUACUUGAAUCCUACAUGAUGGAAGGAAUAGGUGUAAUUAUUAGUUACUGCGCUUUGCUUUUGGUAAUUGCUGACUUUUAUACAUGUUUUGUGAAUCAUACAUGAUGGAAGGAAUAGGUGUAAUUAUUACUUAUUGCGCUUUUAUUUUUGGUAA